ACCCGAGUUUCUUCACACGGUAUCAUUCUUCAAGAUGGCGGAGCACGAGGAACGAGACGUAGAAGAGAGUGCCUUACCUGCGCAAGAUAUUGUCAACAAAUACUUACGUGGAUCGAAAUUGAGAUUUUAUAAGGGAUUAAAAGAUAAGAAACUAAGGGGCAAGCUAAAGAGCCAUGAAUCAAAAUAUAAAGAAGCAGCACUCCAAGCAGCCAGAUCUGAGUUGCUUCUGCCAGAAGAGGCUGGAUAUCUUGAGGCUGAAGGAUAUGAGAAAACCUACCACUUCAAACAGUCUGAUAUUGUUAAGGCUGUUGACAUUUCAACUGCUAACAAGCAUUUUGAACUUAAACUAGAAACCUUUGCACCAUAUAACAUCAAUUAUACAAGAAAUGGGAGGUAUCUUCUACUUGGAGGAAGAAAGGGCCAUCUUUCUGCCUUUGACUGGAAAGAUAAAAAAUUAAAAUGCGAGUUUCAUGUACAGGAAACUAUUCGUGAUGUUAGGUGGUUGCAUAUUGAAACAAUGUUUGCUGUUGCACAAAAGAAAAACGUUUUUAUUUAUGACAACACAGGACUGGAGUUGCAUUGCUUGAAACAACAUGAGAAUGUGAAUCGUUUAGAUUUUCUUCCUUAUCAUUUUUUGUUAACAACAGUUAACCAAAAAGGUAUCCUCAGAUAUCAAGACGUGUCCACUGGAAAACCCAUAUCGAGAAUACGCACUGGACUCGGCCCAUGUGACUGCAUGUCAAAAAAUCCACACAAUGCCAUUAUGCACUUGGGUCAUUGCAGAGGAACAGUCACUCUAUGGAGUCCAAAUGUCACUGUGCCCCUCGUCAAAAUGUUGUGUCAUCGUGGCCCUGUCAAGGCGAUAGCUGUGGAUCAAGGAGGAUGGUAUAUGGCAACCUCAGCGCUCGAUACACAAAUAAAGAUUUGGGAUAUAAGAACAUACAAACAACUUCAAGCAUAUCGUACCGUUAGACCAGCCUCGAGCCUGGCUAUUAGCCAACGAGGUCUUCUUGCAGCAGGAUGCGGUCCACAUGUUCAGGUGUGGAAGGAUGCUUUUCGAACAAAACAAAAUGCUCCGUACAUGAACAAUCUAUUUCCUGGCUGCACCGUUCGUGGUGUCGAAUUCUGCCCGUUCGAAGAUGUGUUGGGUGUUGGCCACUCUAAAGGAUUUACAAGUCUCGUUAUCCCAGGUGCGGGUGAACCAAAUUUUGACGGACUCGAAUCUAAUCCAUAUCAAAACAAAAAACAACGGCAAGAAUUUGAAGUGAAAGCGUUACUUGAGAAGGUUCAACCAGAUCUCAUCACAUUAAACCCGAGUCAAAUCAACCGUGUUGAUACUGUCGACAGAAAUGUUAAAAUUGCUGAGAUGAAUGAAGAUCGACCAGAAGAGGAGGAUUUCACACCAAGACAUAGAAAGAAAGGAAGAAGUUCCUCUGCCAAGCAACACCGUAGAAAAAAAGGUGUUCAAGCUGAGGACAAACGGGACAAAGUUAAAAAGCUGAUAAAAGAGAAACAGAAGGAAACAAAGAAAGAAAAGGCACAAGAUGAGAUAACUGAAAGAAGGAAACUUAGCAAGAAAAACGUUCUGGACAGGUUCAGAAAAACAAGUAGGACGUAGCAUCCAGUCGUUAAAUAGAAUAAUUCCAGGUCUCUUUUUCAUUGUCUUUUCGUUAGUGGAUCAGAAAGACAGUCGAAAUGGCUAUUCUUGUCAAUAGCAGUUGAUGCGUAUAAGUCGAUAUUGAAAUAAGAGCGACACGCAUAUGGCUACCCAGCUAUUUAAAAAUCGCCCAUGCAGUCUUAAUAUAUAUAUUAGGUACAUAUAGAUUGAUUUAACUGAAAAACAGCUCAUGCAUCAGAAAAACCUGGGAACGAGGAUGCUCAUGCAUUACUUGAUUUUAUCGGCGUAAUAAAUUAGAAAACACAAAUAUUCAAAGCCUGGUUAAAUCAGAACAAUUCUGUUUACGAUGUGGCACUUGCGAGCGAAUCACAAUGAUUUACGCGGGAUACUAUCGCGAUAGGGCAAACUAGAUCCUCUAAAUAAAACAUGUAGCUGUAGAUAACUUUCAUCCUAAUACAAACAAGCGAAAAAGCAGAUACGCUUGUCGAACAAGUAAAAAAAUUAUCAUGCUUAGACAACCCCCCGGAGACGCAGCAAACUUGUUAAUGAAAAAUGUUUCUAUUAUAAUACUCUUAAAGUGGACUGGUUCUCAGCGUUUUUGGGAAGAUUUUGGUAAGCGAAGGGAUGGUACAACGAAGCAUACCCGUAUUCGCUAGAGGCAGUGAACAUCGAGCAUCCACGUAUGGUUCAGCCUAUCGUGAUCUUGGCUUUAUCUACAAAGAUAUUUUGUAAAGAUUACAAAGAUCCUUUGUCUACGAGAUUAUCAACGUGCUGAAACAAUUCUCGCCAAACUUGGAUGGAAACUUUUUCCGGUUUGAGUCAUGGUGUAAUUAUUAAUAAAUCUUGCGGCAAGAUCGUAAUCGUUAAAAUCGUCGAUACUUGGAAAAUUAUCAAUAUUUUGCUAUUGAAUUGGACAUUUUCGUAUUUGAGUAAUCGCCCAGUACUACCUUUAGUCCGUUCGUUUUCAGUAAGUACGCCAGUAUGGAUUCAAAGGUCGAUACCAACCCAAAAAAUGCGAUAAAAGUGGCUAAUUAUCGAGGGAGGAAGUAUUUCAUGCCGAAGGAAUACGAUGGAAAACCAAACAAGAUUAAUUGGUUCGUAAAAGAUACAGCCAAGCAUGCUGGAUGUUGCUUCAAAGUGUACAAGGAGAGUAGUGCUCAUUUGGAAUUCCUUCAUGGCGUUGACGCGUCUGGCAAAAAGAUCGACAAACACGAGUCGAUGAGUGGUCACCGAAUUCCUGUCAAAGAUUUGGGUAUCGUUUACUCUAAAUGAAUGCAUAAAGAUUACAAACAUAAAUUGUAAACACAAGUUCGCAUAUAUUCAUAAAGAAACAUUAAUUUUGGAUUUUGUCUGUUGGUCUAUGUAAUAUGUUCGCAUCUAUUCAAUAACAAAAGAUCGUAUAGGCUUCUGGGAAUUAUUAAAGUUUCCUUUUUUAUACACCCUGUAGACAGCUUACAAAAUAAGACAAUAAGAUUUCAAAUAAUAAUUUACUGAGGUGGAUUAUUAGAAAUAGGGCCUUUUAGGGGAGAGCGAUGGUAGGUUUUUCAAUGGUUUUUAAAGUAAAUUUUAAAUAAAUUAAUGUCUAAUUUGGACACUUUUUCAUCUCAGACUACGAAUGAAUUAGGCCAUGCAUA